GACAGAUCAUUGAAAGAAAUUCCAAACUGACAUUUGUUUAGGUUGGGUUUGGGACUUGGGUGAUGCUGUUAUUUCUGAUUCUGAUGAUAGUGACAACCUUUGUGUAAAUAUUUAGUUUUCAAAUUAUUUAUCAAUGGUCGUGGUUGAAUAGACAUUACAUAGUAUUUACUCACAAGUUUGAGGAUGAAUCUCCUUCUGUGAGUGAACAAGCCUAGUGAAGUUCUAGUCAAAUCGGGAUAUAUUUUUUGCAACAAAUCAUCAAACCGGUACUCGAUGAACUUUUGCUCUAAAAUCCCUAUUUAUGUCUAUAUUCAUUGAACUUAGGAAUCUCGAUGUGAUUUAAUUCCCAUUCGAAUAGCCAAAAUGUUUGUGUGAAAACAGAGAAUAUCAGGAAUUUUCUCCUCAAGAGACUACCCAAAGAUGAAUAGAACUAUUUACAUUGCAGUGUUUAUCGUUUUGAAUGUAUUGGUUCUUUCGACAGUGUCAAAUGAUUAUGAAGAAGACUACGAGGAUGAAGAAGUCGAUGAUGAUUUUCCCAACAUAAAUUCCACUUCCAAUGGAUCUUUGGUUUUCAUCAGUGAAUUGUACAACCUAACUAGAGAUCCAGGAAAACUGGUUAAAAUGGUGUGUGAAGUGAAAAAUUUGGACACCAACAAUACCAAUAGCAAAGUCUCUUUCAAGUGGAGGCAUAACAAUACACCAAUCUCUGAUGAUAGAUUCAAAAUAAGAAAUAAGGGGAAAGAUAACGUAUUCACUUCAACCUUGCGAAUAUCAAAAUUGGAAUAUUUCGACAGAGGGUUCGUGGAAUGUAGUGCUAGCAAUGGAUUAGAAAAAAUAAAAUCGGAGAGUUUUCUAGAAGUCAAUCAAGAAGCACACAAAUACGCCCCCAUCGAUAUGCAUCCUUUCAAGUCAGAUCAUUCAGAUUCGGGCAGUCACCUUGAGAUGUCAACUUUUACGCCUAACGGCAUUGCAAAGUCCAGCGAAAACGAUUACCCAUCGACUAUGGAUGCCAAAUCCAAAACUUUUUCGGCUCCCAUCCAGUUCGAUUUGGAUUCCAGCGGUAAACUGACCGACAACGUGCCGAUAAUCUAUAACAGUUCGGAGCCGUUUUGCCAAUUGUACAGGGGGCACAAGUGCAGGAAGUAUCUGUCCGAUCAGUACGUGUUCGUUCAACCCCCGCACACACAAAAGGGCAUUGAAGAUAAAUUGGAGGCUUCCUUUUUGGUCAUUUCUCAGUCCAACGACAUAUCGGCUAGUUGCAAUAAAUUCGCUCAGCCGAGCGUAUGUUUUUCGGCCUUCCCUGUAUGCCUCGAUCCCAAGAACAUCAACGCCUACCAGAUCGAGCACCGGCAACAAUUCGCCGCCGUCCAACACGCCACCAGGCACAUGUUCAAGGACAUCCGGACGGAAUUGACGGACUCCUUGCGCAGGAUAUGCCGGGACGAGUGUAUCCUUUUGGAGAACGAACUGUGCACCAAGGAGUACAGCAUCGCCAAAAGACAUCUGGUUAUAGGUCAAAUCAUGGAGUUGGAAGUUUGCGAAAAUUUGCCUUUGGAAACAGAACCGAGUUCUAAACAAUGUUUGACAUUGGGAGUAGGUGACUUGAGCGUGAAUAGAGAAGAGAAGUGCUACUGGGACACUGGAAAAUUAUACAGGGGUGAUCAAUCUACCUCAUUGUUUGGUAGACCGUGUUUGAGAUGGUCACAUCAGUUUAACGUACGACCAUCAGAAUAUCCAGAAUUGGCUGGUCACAACUAUUGCCGGAAUCCUGGAGAAUUGGAAUCAGAACCUUUCUGUUAUGUGGAACAGAGUGUGAGAGAAAUUUGUGGAAUAAAUAAAUGCGUGUAUGUUUUUGGAACAUACGUUGGUAUAAUCAUUUUAAUGAUAGUUGUCGUUGCCAUUUUCAUCGUGACUUACUGCUACUGCAGACGAAAAAACAAAUCAACAAGAAAUCUACAAAACAAGGACCUGCCCCAGGCGAACAAAAAUAUUUACGGCAACCCUGGCCCGAGCGUGCCACAAAUGGAGAUGAACACCCUGUUGCCUCCGCAUUUGCCACCCCAGAAGUCCCAUCACGGGUCCAACAAAAAUGGGAUACAAUUGGUGCCGCAGUACACUUUCAAAGAUGUCAGGUUGAUAGACGAACUAGGAGAAGGUGCUUUCGGUAAAGUUUAUAAAGGCGAACUCAAGAUGAAAAUGGGGAAAAUGUUCGUCGCCGUAAAGUCGUUGAAAGAAAAUGCCAGUCCGAAAACUCAAGCGGAUUUUCAAAGGGAAAUUGAACUGAUUUCCGAAUUGAAGCAUCCCAACAUUAUAUGCCUAUUGGGUAUAGUCAUGAAGCAAGAACCCAUCUGUAUGUUGUUUGAAUAUAUGUCCGAGGGCGAUCUACAUGAAUUUCUGAUUGGAAAUUCUCCAGAAGAAGGAAAAUGUCUGACUCAUAAUCAAUUCCUAGAUAUUGCCAUACAGAUUGCUCAAGGUAUGGAAUACCUUUCUGGCAAUCACUAUGUGCACAGAGACUUGGCAGCGAGGAACUGUCUCGUAUCCAAAGAUUUAGUUGUUAAAAUAAGCGAUUUCGGUCUCAGCAGGGACAUGUACAGUUGCGACUAUUACAGGGUGCAGUCAAAGUCUCUGUUACCUGUUAGAUGGAUGCCUCCGGAGUCCAUUUUGUAUGGAAAAUUCACCACGGAAAGUGAUGUGUGGUCUUACGGGGUUGUUUUGUGGGAAAUUUACAGUUAUGGAUUACAGCCGUAUUACGGUUACGACAACAAAGAGGUGAUAAGCAUGAUAAGGUCGAGGAAGCUGUUGCCCUGCCCGGACGCCUGCCCCAGCUACUGUUACGCCCUCAUGGUGGAAUGUUGGGCGGAACAGGCAAACAGGCGGCCAGAUUUCAGCGAGAUCGCCCACCGGCUGAUGGUGUGGAAGCAGAGCGGGUCGACCAACGGUGCUUAUUUUAAGGCCGUGCCCCCCACACCCCUCAAACACGGCCAGCAGAGCUCCGGCUCGAGGUCCGGCCACACAUCCGACUCGCCUACGGUGUGCGGCUUGAACGACGGCCAACAGAUGGCGUUCGCGUGGGAGCGCGACCACCACAAAGCGACUGCGAGCAAGUUGAACGACAGCCAAAGUAGCCUUACGUCCAGAUCUUCCAGUCUAGGAAACACAACGUUGAGCACGAACGUUAGCAACGAGGGCAGGAAAGAAAGAAGGCCGAAAAAAAAUUCAGAUUCCCAAUCUCUGGAGAGACGUAAUCUCAGAAAUACUGUGGUCAGCAGUAGUGGAAACGGUGAGAGCAUUGAAACGAAAAUCACACUGUAAAAAUUCUGAGGAAACAUGAACAGUUGGAAUCUUUUGAUUCUUGGUGGUUUCCACCUAAAGGGUCUAAUUUCAUUUCUUAGGGUCUUUUUUUAUGUCAACUCUUAAUCUUGAUAGUGGAAUUUCCUUGGAUUUGAGCUGGAAAAUUUUAUUGUUGGAACAGUUACUUAAAAAUAAUUCCCAGCUGAUUAUUUCAAUGGUUGCUAAAGGCAGCUCAUGUAUUUUUGUACAUAUUUACUAUUAAGUCAAAUUAUGCCAAAUUUUUUAAUGUCUUAAUAUUUUUUGAGUUUAUUUUAUUGUUUUGUUUCAACAUUAUAUUUGAUGUGGAAACUUUUAUUAUAUUAUUAGUGUUGAGUGUGUCAGUGUGAGUUUAUAUUAUAGAAAGUAAAUAAUAAACAAUGUUUUU